AUGCAGUCCGCCGUGCUCAAGACCUGCCGCCGCGCCGCCGCCGCCUCGGGCCGCGUUCGCUCCGCGCGCGCGCUGACCACGUACUCGGGCGGCCAGCCCUCGGAGGGCCAGGGCGGCUUCUACGGCUCGGCCAAGACGCGCUCCGAGGCCACCUCCAAGUUCAGCCCGGGCGCGCGCGCCGAGCCCCAGGACCUGACCAAGCUGCAGCAGCUCAUGCAGCAGUGGGAGGCGCAGAAGGCCUCGCUCGCCGCCGAGGAGCAGAAGCAGGCGCUCGCGCGGAUCGCCAGCGAGGAGGAGACGCUCAUCCAGCGGUUGCUCAUCCGGGGCGCGCCCGUGUGGGGCCUGUCCACGCAGCAGCGCGAGUUCGUGGCCGAGUGCAGCAAGGCCUGCCCCUAG